AUGGCGUGGAACGGUAUUAAUAUCUCUGGAACCUCCAUGAUUAGACGAAUCUUCGUGAUGGCCAUGGUUGGAGUUUAUUCCUGGGUAGUAUUGGUAGCCACGAAUGUAAAGGUGGUUACUAGUAGUACCGGUACUGGUACUAGUAGCGGUAUCACAGCAGACAUUACAUCACCUUCCAAUACAAAGCUGACGUUAUCUGCUACUCUUACUGGUAGUAGCGGUACAUCAGCUGGGGCUCGCGAUGAUAAGAGUGACAGUGACAGUCCAACAGUCUCUUUGAUAACCAGCUUUUGGGCUCAGUCUCCUGACGAAGAAGCCAGUCUCCAUCGGAAAGAAAUCCAAGCCGCCCUACUCAGUAACAUCCACAAUCCACACUUGGACCAGGUUGUUGUGAUACUGGAUGGGUCUUCUACAGAUGGCAAUUGCUCACAUUUCCAAGAGAGCAUGGAUACCCUCCAAACAGGCUUUACCAGUCGCUGGAGCCUGGGCCAUCGAAACUCGACACAAGACAAGCUCACAUGUGUGGACCGACCGUUGGGACAACCCAACUACUACGAAAUGUUCUCCUAUGCCACCGAUCCAACCAUUGUCACAAGUGACAUUGUCAUUCUUUCCAAUGCCGAUCAAGCAUUUGAUGACUCGGCCCAACAAGCCAAGCGCAUACGACCCAACACGGUCCUCACACUGGCCACGUGGGGAUACAACCGAACCAGUGUACCCACGCAGGUACAAAAGUACUACAAAUACAUCCACAGCGGCACCUCACGAAAGGCCAAAAAAGUCGCCAACAAAAUUGUUGCCAAUCGUUGCAGCGAGUCCACCACACAAACCUCCUGGGAUGGCUACGUCUUUUACCGACAACUCAUUCAAGGCAAGCUGGCGUCACAAGACUUUAUGCGCCAUUUCAAAACCAACACAACCUCUGGCAAGGCAUUCUUCAAAAUGAAUGAAUCGGGAGGAGAGAACGCCGGGUUGUGGGCUCUGCUUGCGCAUGUGCCAUCGGCGCGGGAUGCCAAUGGUUGUUCCCUCAUUCGAACAUGGCACUUUCACGGGGCAAAAAAGAUGAGAGCACACAAUGUGGAUGAGGCAUACUGGGACAAUCCAGAGACACCCUCGCGGGUUCCACAGCCAUAUCGACGGGCCAAAUACCCUCUACCAGAUGUCCUUCUUGGUAGUACCGAACAAUAA